UGGUAAACGCAGCAAGGUGUGGUUUCUCUCCCGAAGAGGACAGCUUCCGUCUAUCGCCAGCACACCAUUGUCUGCGCACCAGCCAGCGCACGGGACCAAGGUGCGCGCUGCGUCCUCGUCCAACUUUAUACUUAAACAACCCACAACAACAACAACAACAACUCGAAGAAGAAGGAGAAGAAGCAGGAGCACUCUGCAGACAUGAGUAUGUCCGGCUCCAGCUCGAGGCUGGCCACCAUGGGCCUGAGAAGCAACUCGAGACCGGACCUGGCCAGCGCCGCGUACCGGGACGAGGUGUUCGCCGGAGGGAACGGCUUCCAGGGAGAGUACCCGGCGGGACAAGCCGUCCACUCGUACGCGUCCUUCUCCCGGUCCUCCAUGCACGGCGGGGGCACGCAGAAAAUGGUCAUGAGCAAGGGGGGUGGAGGUGGCGGCGGAUUGAGUCCUCAGGCGAUCCAACAGAAGUUGAUGAUCCUGACAAGUCAAUGCAACGAUUUCCUGCAGAGAGCAAAGCAGAUUCUCCAAGUUGGGGGUCCACCCAUGGAGGUCGAAAAACUGUUGAGCAUGGCCGCAGAAAGCAUGGACCAGAUGGCGAUCCACGGCAACGAGCUGCAGCAAAUGCGCAUCCCCACCGACAUCUUCAGGAGCAUCGACCAGUUCCACUACAUGCACUCUGGGCUGCAACAGCAAUUAGUCAGUGGUAUGACCAUUGGCCGGCGCCGAGGCAGCGUGGGUUCCCAGGAAGGGGGGAGGAUCUACAAUGACGCCAUGGCCUGGAUCAGUCAACAGAAGCGCAUGAUUGAGAUGGCUCCAUGGGGAGAUGACUCCGAAACUAUAGAGAAGCAAAUCCUAAACCACAACAAAAGUCACAGCUCUAUCCAGAGAAGCCAGGAAGUAGACCGUGCCAGAGAUGAACUGAACAUGAGGGGCGACAAGUACAACCUGUCCAUGCUGGAUCAAGAAUGGGAUAGUUUGCAGAAAAUGUCCCACAGCCGCGUGCAACAGCUGCGUGAGCUCCAGGGCAUCAUCAAGGAGAUCUCCAGAGCCAUCAUGUGGGUGAAUGAGAGAGAGGAGGAAGAGCUCAUGUUUGAUUGGGGAGACAAGAACAUCGACCAGUACAUUCCCAGGAAGAUGGAGAGCUACUCAGGCCUGAUGAGGGACCUGGAGGAGAAGGAGAAGGAGCUAAACAAGCUGAAGGUGAAAUCCGACGGACUCGUGAACAACAACCACCCCGCCUCUGAUAAGAUUGAUGCCUACAUGGACACCUUGCAGACCCAGUGGAGCUGGCUCCUGCAGAUCACCAAGUGCAUCGACGUUCACCUGAAGGACAACGCGGCCUACAGCCAAUUCUUCAAGGAGGCCAACGAGACCUACGCAAAGCUGCAGAAAGACCACGAGUCCAUCCGAAACAAGUUCAAGUGUGACAAGAACACCCCGCUGGAAAACCUCACCGAGCUGCUGAGAGACCUGGAGAUGCAGAAGGAGCGCGUGAUGGAGAAUAAGAGGCAGGUCCAAAGUCUGGUCAACAAGUCCAAGACCAUCGUCAGGCUGAAACCUCGCAACCCCGAGGACAAGAGCAGCAGCCCCGUCAUGGUGCAGGCCAUAUGUGACUUUAAACAAGACCAGAAAGGGAUUUUGAAAGGGAACGAAGGGAUCCUGAAGGAUAACUCCCAGCGCAGCAAGUGGCUGGUGACGGGACCCGGGGGUCUGGACAUGUUGAUUCCCUCUGUGUGUCUGAAGAUCCCCCCGCCGAACCCGCACAGCAUCAGCCUCGCCAAGAAGAACGAGCAGUACUAUGAAGCCAUCAUGACCAUUUGGAAUCAGCUGUACAUCAACAUCAAGAGCCUCAUCUCCUGGCAAUACUGCCUCAAGGACAUGAACUACAUCAGCUCUCUCACUGUCAGCAUGCUGUCCAAGAUGCGUCCCGAUGAGUAUCGAAAUGUUAUUAAAAUACUGGAGACUCACUACCAAGAGUUCCUGCGUACCAGCCAAGGCUCUGACAUGUUUGGGGAAGAGGACAGGAAAAUUAUCCAGGGCCGCUUUGAUGACGCCCAGAAAAACUAUUAUGACCUUAUAGUCCAGCUGCCUGCUCAAGGAGGUGAACCAACCAGCCCCAAGGUGGAGCCCAUCAAGGUGCCCCCGAUCAAAACCCCACCUCCCAAAGCCGCCUCCACCCUCAGCCUCAGCCUGCUCAGCAGUCUGCAAGAACUUCGGCGCCGGCUGGCGCUGGCGGAGUCCGGCCUCACCAGUCACCUCCACGUCCCGCUGGGGGAGAACAGUGUGCACGAGUGCUCAGUGCACAUCCAUCAGCUGCAGACUGUGCACCAAGACUUGGACUCCAUCCACGACGAGUACCUGCGACUGAGAGAAAAGAUUCUCAGGCAGCUGGAGGGGAUUCCUGCCGACUCUGAGCAAGCCAAGUUCCUCCGCUCGGAACUGGAAAUCAUCAACCAGAAACUGCUGGGCUUGCAGGGUCUCUACCCGGCCUACCAUGAAAGGCUGUCAGCUCUUAUGGCUUUGCACCAGAGCAUUCUGAAGGCUGAAGAUGUCAUUAAAGUCCACGAAGCCCGGCUGACGGAGAAGGAGACCACUUCUCUGGACCUUCAGGAGGUGGAAAGCUAUCGGAGCACGCUAAAGGAAAUGAAGAGUGAUCUGGAGCCAAAAAGAAACCUGCUGACAGCUAUGGACUCCGACCUGGCUAAAGCAGUGCAGUGUAACAAUCAAAUCUCAGAGUCCUUUCAUAAGUGUGACGUGGACUUGUCCAAGUACUCAGACCUGGUGGGCCAGAUGUCUGACCGCUGGCGCCGCAUCCAAACCCAGAUUGACAGCAGAAUGUGGGACUUGGAGAAGCAGGAGAAACAGCUGAAUCAUUAUCAGAAGAGCAGGUCUCUCCUGCAGAAGUGGAUAGACGAUGCCAGGAAACGCCAGGACACGCUCCAGAUGGUUAAACUCAACGACAUCCAGACUCUAAUGACACACCUGAACCAGCAGAAGGCACUUAACAGUGAAAUUAAAGGAAAGCAGGAGAAGGUAGAGGAUGUCCUAAAAAACAGCGACACCUGCGCUGGCUCCAUAAAGGACUACGAGCUGCAGCUGGCUUCCUACAGUUCAGGCCUGGAGACUCUGCUUAAUAUUCCAAUCAAGAGAACGAUGCUGCAGUCGCCCGCUUCGGUGGUCAGACAAGAUGCAUCUGACCUCCAGUCGAACUACAUAGAGCUACUCACCCGCUCAAGUGACUACUACAGGUUCCUAGGGGAGCUGCUGAAGAACAUGGAGGAGCUGAAGAUCAGGAACACCAAGAUCGACAUGCUGGAGGAGGAACUGAAGCGUCUUAAGGAUGACAUCCAGGAUCGCAACCAGAAAAACAAGGCAUUGGAGGACGCUAUGGCCCGCUACAAGCAGGAGCUCAGUCAAUCACAAAACCAGCUCAUUAUACUGCAGGAAGUGAAGAGUAGCACGACUAAAAACUUAAACGCUACCAAAGAUAGCCUGGAUAGCCAACAAAACCAACUCCAAAAGCUCAAUGAAGAGCUGACCAAAAUUAGGUUCCAGCUCGAUGAAGAGAUGAGACAAAGAAGAUUGGCAGUGGAGCGCUACACCAACCAGCAGGAAAAGUAUGAGACGGAUGUUCGCUGCAGAGAGAAAGAAGUGGAUGAGCUCAAGUGGACCAAGAUUGACCUGGAAAAGUCUGUGAAGGACAAGGAACGUGAACUGGAGAGGAUGAAGAUACUCCUUGAUGAGGAAGAGGCACGACGACGAAGCGCUGAAUCAGAUAUCUCAAAGGUAAGAUCACAGUGCAGCCAGGAGAUUAAUCAACUUAAGCAGACAUAUGAAACAGAGAUCCACGUCACCAAGACCACCAUCCUGAAAGCCUCACAACAGAAAGAGGAGAACUCAGCGGAGCUGAGAAUGCAAGUUGACAGGCUCACCUCUGAGAAGAGGGAUCUCGAGGAGGAGCUGAGGAGACUGAGGCUGUCCAUUGCUCACACAGAAGAGCAGAAGAGCAGAGCCGAGCAGGAAGCCAACCAGCAGAGGGCCUCGGUGGUCCAAGAAACAAGAGUCCGCAGUGAGUUGGAGGUUCAACUGAGAACGCUGAUGCAGCAGGGAGGAGACGCUGAGCUCAAACUAAGGGAGGCUAUCAAAAACAUUCAGGAAAAGUCCAGGGAGAUCAGCAUGCUCACAUUUAACCUGGAGGAGGAAGGUAAGAAGAGGAGAUCUCUGGAACUGGAGCUCAAUCACCUGAAACAGGCUGAAGGAGAACUAAUGACAAAGAACACCUUGUACCUUGAGUCCAUCAACAAGCUCAAAGUGUCCGAGGAAGAGACGCGCAUCAUCCGAGUGGAGCUGGAGAAGCAGACCAGAGAGAGAACCAAGACUGAGGAGGGUUCUGUCAAGCUGCAGAGCCGCAUCCGGGAACUUCAGUGCUCUCUGGAUGGAACAGAAGCUGAGUUGGAGAAGCAGAAGAAGGCAACCCAGGAGGAGUUCACACGCAGGAAGAGAAUGGAGGCAGAGUUAGAAAGGAUGACACACACAUGCAGAGAGCACACCACCACAAUUACCACACUGAAAUCUACCCAGCUGGAGACGUCCAACUAUGGAAAGAAGUAUGAGCAGGACCUGGGCCUUCUCCGGGAGGCUUUGGACAAAAGUAUGAGGGAGCAUAAGGUCACUAAGCAGGAGCUAGCUGAUGUCUCAGCUGAGCUGAAGACACUCAAACAGAAGCUUCAGCAGGAACAGAUUCGAAUCCGUGAGCUGAACCAACGCAAUGAAAGCCUGUAUAAAACCAUUGAGGAGAAGAGCCGGCAGCUUAAUGAAUACACUGCGGAGAUCGAUAAGCUGAAGACUCUCACACAGAACCUGACGAAGGAGAGACUGAGGCUGGAGGAAGAGCUGAGGACAGUUAGACAGGAGAGAGAUGAACUGAAGCUUAGCAAGGACAGAAUUGACGGAGAGAGUGAUUCCCAGAUCUCAGCCUUGCAUGUCCAGCUCCAGACUAGCUCCAAGAGGACCACGGAGCUCCAGAUUCUCAUCAAUGACCUGACCAGGGAGAGAGAAAAGCUUAAAGUGGAAAUAGACAAAUUCCAAAAGCAAUCCAUUGAGACAUCGAUGAGAAUGCAUGAUUCCCAAAGCCAGUACAGCGAGGUGCUUCUGGAGAGGGACAGUUUACUGUCCAAGCUUAAAAUACUGGAGCAGGACAAGUCUCGUCAGCUCCGUACAGAGGAGGAGCUCACUCGCAUCAAGCUCACCCUAGAGACCGAGCUCCGAAACAAACAGCGGCUGCAGGAUGAAAAGAAUACCGCCCUCAAGGAUUUCAACUAUUGGAAGAGCCAGUAUGAGCUAAGAGAAAGCCACAUGAAGAAGUUUGAAUUGGACAGGGACCAGGCUGAUCGAGACAGGCUCUCCCUGAAGAACGAGAUCGAGAAGCUCACGAGGGAGCGUAAGAGUAUUGAAGAGAAGUACAAGAGUCGUUUGUCGAUCUCUGAAAAGGAGGCUUCAGACCUGGCUCUCAAGAGAGAUGCCCUGCAGAGAGAGAUACAGAGGCUGCAGCAGAGACCCAACACUCUGGCACAACAGACCCAGACGGAUGAAAAGGUCCCAACAAUCGAUCCAUCCAAGCUGACAUUUGACGGAGUGCGUCGCAAAGUCACAGCCCACCAGCUUUGCGACUGUGGCAUAAUCAGUAAAGCCACUCUGGAACAGCUCCUAAAGGGAAAAAAGACCGUGGCUGAGGUAGCUGUGGACAUCCAGCUUAGUCUAAAAGGUACCGGCAUCAUUGCUGGUAUUACAACAGGUUGCCAAGGGAAAAUGCCAUUCACUGAAGCAAAACGGAAGAAUCUCCUCAGCAAAGAGAGCGCCAUCAUGCUCCUGGAAGCUCAAGCUGCAACCGGCUACAUAGUUGACCCCACAUUUAAUGAAAAGAUGCCCGUGGAUACUGCAUGCUCAAGAGGAAUUGUAGACUCCGAAGACAGAGACACCCUGGUGACAGCUGAAGCAGCUAGCACAGGCUUCAAAGAUCCAUUCACUGGCAAAUUGUUAUCUGUGGGUCAGGCUUGCAAACAGGGCCGCGUGAACAAGGACACAGCCAUCCGCUUGCUCCAGGCUCAGGAGUCGGUCGGAGGGAUAUUGGACCCUGUUCUGAGCGUGUACCUUCCAAAAGACCUGGCCUUGGAUCGCAAUCUUAUUGAUGAGGAUCUUUACAGGGCUUUGGGGAAAAAGCCCACAUGCUACCUGGAGCCAGGGACCGGCGCCAAGAUUACCUAUAAUGACCUCAGGAAGAAGUGCACAGUGGAACCUGUUUCUGGCCUGCUUCUGCUGCAUGUGUCAAAAGAUACAGUGGAAGGUUUCCGAAAAAAUGUUCCUAUUUCAGACCUUGUAGAUUCUGAACUGGUGACAAAAGAUGAAUUAGCAAAGCUCAAUGCCGGCACGCUCACCAUAGUAGAUAUUGAAAGGAAGCUAAAGUCCUAUCUCCAUGGGUCUACCUGCAUUGCUGGGGUCUAUGACGAAGCCAACGACCGAAUAAUGCCCUUCUAUCAGGCAAUGAAGGAAGGCCUCCUCAUGAGAGGAACCACUCUGGAGCUUCUAGAGGCCCAAGCAGCUUCUGGCUUCAUUGUUGAUCCAGUGAACAAUGUAUUUUUGACAGUAGAAGAGGCCACAAAGAGAGCCCUGAUAGGAAAAGAGUUUCAGAAUAAGCUUAUGUCAGCAGAGAGGGCAGUAACUGGAUACAAAGACCCAUCCACAGGAAAGAUCAUCUCCCUCUUCCAGGCUAUUGAGAAAGAUCUGAUUGAGAAAGGUCAUGGGAUCCGUCUUCUGGAGGCCCAAAUUGCCAGCGGUGGGAUAAUUGAUCCCAAAGGGAGCCACCGUAUUGAUGUUCCUGUUGCCUAUAAAAGGGGAUAUUUUGAUCAGGAGAUGAAUGAGAUCCUAACGUAUGAAGGUGAUGACACAAAAGGGUUCUUUGACCCCAAUACUAAAGAGAACCUGACAUAUCUUCAACUUAAGGAAAGGUGCAUGACAGAUAGCAAGACAGGCCUGAUACUUUUGCCGCUAAAAGACAAGAGCAAGUUGCAGAAGACACAGGAGAGCCGCAGCAAUGUCCUGCGCAAGAGGCGAGUUGUGAUCGUUGACCCAGACACUGGGAUGGAGAUGUCAGUGAGGGAAGCCUAUCACCGGGAGCUAAUUGACUAUGACACCUUCCUGGAGUUAUCAGAGCAGGAGGGCGAGUGGGAGGAAAUAACUAUCAAGGAUUCAGAUGGCGUCGCACGUUUGGUGAUAGUGGACAGGAGGACAGGAACCCAGUAUGACAUCAAUGACUGCCUCAAACGCGGCGUCGUCGACCAGAAGUCUUUGGAUCAGUAUCGCGCCGGAACAAUUACAUUGACCCAGUUUGCCGACAAAAUCACAAGCAGAACCAGCAGCAUAGAAAUGAACAUUGCGGCCAGCAAUGUUGAUGACAUGGUCACCUGCAGCAGUCCCACCCAGCUCGCGCCGUCUUCUCCUACCGUUCGUAAACGCUUUAACAGUAUUUCGAUUACAGUUUCUCCCCCUGAGAUGUUCGAUGACCACAGCCCAGUGGCGGCUAUAUUUGACACAGAAACCUUGGAGAAAAUUACUUUGUCCGAAGGACUCCAAAGAGGCAUCGUUGACACUAUAACAGCACAAAGGAUGCUCGAGGCCCAGGCAUGCACCGGUGGUAUCAUCAACCCUUCCACCGGUGAGAGGCUGUCUCUGCAGGAUGCUGUCCAUCAGUGCAUCAUCGAUGACAGCAUGGCCGCUAAGCUGAAAGCUGCCCAGAAGGCCUAUGUUGGUUUUGAGGAUGUGAAGACGAAAAGAAAGAUGUCUGUAGCAGAAGCAGUGAAGGAGACAUGGUUGCCCUAUGAAGCUGGCCAGAGAUUUUUGGAGUUCCAGUACCUGACUGGAGGCCUGAUAGAGCCUGGCUCCGGGCGUCGCAUCACCAUCGAAGAAGCUAUCCGCAGAGGUUGGCUGGACGGUCAAGGGGCUCAGAAACUUCAAGAUACACGGAAAUAUCUGAAGAACUUGACCUGUCCCAAGACCAAACUGAAGAUCUCCUACAAGCAGGCCAUGGACAGCUGCAUGGUGGAAGAGAGCAAUGGUAUGAAGAUGAUACAGGCGUCCUCAAUGUCCUCCAAGGGAAUCAGCAGCCCUUACAACGUCUCAAACCCAGGAUCUCGCUCUGGGUCCAGGGCUGGUUCUCUUGUCGGCUCCAGGAGUGGAUCUCGCAGAGGCAGUGUGGAUUAUUCCUCCACUGUCAGCUAUAGCUUCUCCAGCGUUAGCUCCAGCACUCACUCUUAAUAUACAACAUUAAAAAAAUAUGAAAGUAGAGUAGUUAUCACCAGCAGUUCCGAUGCAAUAUUAAUACUUUUGGAAUAGUUUUGCUUUUCUUAUUAUAUUCUUGCUAGCUUUGAGAUAUUGGGUGGUUUGUUUAAAUACUUGAUUGGAUUAUAAUUAUAUUUUGCUUGAGUGCAGGUUUUGGUGUUUUGAUGUUUCAAUAUUCAAUUCAAUGCAGAGUAUGAAUAAUACUUCUAGAAUAUAUCAGCUAAAUACAUUUAUUUGUCUUAGCUAAUUUUAAUCUCAUUUUAUAAGACAUUUUAUUUAGAAAGUAUGCUUGUUUACCCCUAAUCUUAUUUUUUGUGUUUAUUCUUGCACCUUGAUUUAGGUAGUCUUUCAUUCAUUAAAAAAAUAUGUUUUUUUAUUGCAAAUGCUAAAGUUGAAGUUAAAAUACUGAUUUGUUAAUGAAAUAAUCAACGAUGAAAAUUCUUUGCCACUAAAAUGUUCUUUACUUAUUAAAAAAUAAAGUUGUCACCACAAUAUUUGAUUCAUUUAUUUGUCGUUUCAUCUGUGCAUUCAAAGCAGAAACUGCAUGAGGAGACAGCAGUAUCCAUUUCUACCUAUAGGCGGCGCCCAUGUUUAUGAUAAAACCACAACUUUAGGGCUGAAGCCAAUUUAGCCCAAUA